AAAAAAGAAAAAGAAAAAGAAAAAGAAGACUAAAAACUCCUCGUUAAUCUCUCUUUCUCUUUAACAACAUUGCUCAAGCAAAGAAGACAAGUAGAAUAUAUCGGACUUGAGUCAAUACUGAAUAAACUCAAUUAACCCAGAAUUCUUCAAUCAAAUUUCAAAGAGUUGAACAUUUACGGAAUCAUGGAGGCAGAGCUGAAAGAAUUGCUUAACGAUCUCGAAGAUGUCAAACGAUCUUUUCAUGAUUCAUCUCUUCAUAAUUCCAUCGAUCGGUUGCGACUACGAGUGGAGCAUCUUGCUAGCCUUGCAGAGUCAGCACCAGUCCGACGUUCCAAAGUCAAGGAUAUGAGUGCAGAAGUUAUAGAUAGCAAUCCUUACAGUCGACUAAUGGCACUUCAGCGAAUGGGUAUUGUGGCUAAUUAUGAAAGAAUACGGGAAUUCUCAGUUGCAAUCGUUGGUAUAGGUGGAGUUGGAAGUGUUGCGGCUGAGAUGCUCACUAGAUGUGGCAUAGGUCGGCUUUUGCUUUAUGAUUAUGACACAGUAGAAUUGGCUAACAUGAAUAGGCUCUUUUUCCGUCCAGAGCAGGUUGGUAUGACAAAGACUGAUGCUGCUGUCCAGACUCUAUCAGAUAUAAAUCCUGAUGUUGUACUUGAGAGUUAUACAAUGAAUAUAACAACAGUGGAAGGCUUCAAUACUUUCAUCUCUAGUUUGAAAAAGAAAACAUUCCGCCCAGAUAAAGAAGGCUGUGGGGUUGAUCUUGUUUUGAGUUGUGUCGACAAUUAUGAAGCAAGGAUGGUCGUAAAUCAGGCAUGCAAUGAAUUGAAUCAGACAUGGAUGGAGUCUGGUGUCUCUGAGGAUGCUGUGUCCGGUCAUAUACAAUUGCUGAUUCCAGGAGAAACAGCAUGUUUUGCCUGUGUUCCCCCUCUGGUUGUGGCGUCAGGAGUUGAUGAGCGUACACUUAAGCGUGAAGGUGUCUGUGCUGCCUCUCUCCCGACGACAAUGGGAGUUGUUGCUGGCCUUCUUGUUCAAAGUACACUUAAAUACCUCCUGAAUUUUGGACAAGUUUCACGGUACUUGGGUUAUAAUGCUUUGAAAGACUAUUUUCCAACCAUGGAAAUGAAACCAAAUCAACAAUGUUCAAAUACAGCCUGCCUGGAAAGACAGAAAGAAUACAUGUUAGCAAAACCUGCUAGAGAUGCUGCAGCAAAAGCGAAGAUGGAGACAGAAUCAUCAUUAGCAGAAGAGAUCCCACUUCAUGUUGAUAACGAGUGGAAUAUCAGUGUCGACGAUGACAUUGAGCCAGAAGGAUCAGCAAGUCGAAGUGCAGAUUCCCUUCCGGAGGGUCUUGUCCAUGAGCUCCCUGCUGCAGAUGAAUACAAGCAUGCACCUCUAUUGGAACAAGAUGCACAGGGUGCUGAUACAGCUGAUGAUCUUGAAGAGCUCCGUAGACAACUGGAGGCACUUAAUGCAGAUUAGGGCUAUUUUUGAGAUAAUCGUUUUUGAUGAAGAGAAAUGUUAAAUGGACACGGAUUUGCACAUUUUCUGGAAGUAAGUUAAAUACCAUCGUCCAUCUCUCAGAAAAAUGUUUCAUCCCCAUCUUCGCUAAACCUAGACUUAUCCCCCCAGUUGGGCGGGGAUUGGGUGGGUUCCCUACUUGACCCACCCCAAUGCCAUCCUUAGUUUCAGGUCCAUAAUAUUUCCAUUUGGGUUUGGGUUGUAGGGCUCGGGUCAAUAUUAGAUUGGGUAAAUUCGAUCAAAUUAUAUUGAAAAUUAUGGGUCUUAAUUUUGUUCGGGUGAUUUUUGAGGCAAUUUCAGUUCAAGUUAUCGUUUUUUUGUUUAUUUUUAGUUGUAAUAUUGCGAUGAAAUUUUAUGAUGAAAUUUGAAUUCCUAUUAAAAAAAAUAUAGUCAAUAUUUCAUUUAUUUGAGUUGA